CAUUCGAUGUAUGUGUCCAUAAAAUUUGCCACGUUAACAUUAAGCGCCGCCCCCACCAUUUAUAUUUGCCCUUCAUCUUUUUACCACACCCACUUUUAGUUUCAAUUCCUUGCUAUCUAUUCUAUACUUGCUCUUUUUCUCUCUACCUAGGAUCACAAAGAUAUAUAUACUCACAAGGAAAAUUGGGGUUCAUUUCAAUGGAGAAUUAUUCCAUGUUGUUUCCUUGUCCUGAUUCUUCCAGCUACCCAACUGGGGUGGGAAGUUCUCAGCAUGGUUUUAGUGGUCAAAGCUCCAAUGCGUUUCUUGGUCUAAGGCCUAGUAAUGAUCAAAGUAGUGAUGAUCAUGAGAAGAGAGGAGAAGAUGCCAUGUUAUUGUCUCAGAUCAGUGGUAGUGUUAGUGGUAGCAUUAAUGUGACCGAUCAAUUAGGUGGUUCUGGAAAUGGUAAAAAGAAAGGAGAGAAAAAGGUUAGAAAGCCUAGAUAUGCUUUUCAAACGAGGAGCCAAGUUGAUAUUCUUGAUGAUGGUUAUCGAUGGAGGAAGUAUGGCCAAAAAGCUGUUAAAAACAACAAGUUCCCAAGAAGCUACUACCGGUGCACGCAUCAAGGGUGCAAUGUGAAGAAACAAGUCCAACGCUUAACCAAAGACGAAGGGGUAGUGGUGACCACUUACGAGGGAGUGCACACACACCCUAUUGAGAAAACAACAGACAACUUUGAACACAUUUUGAGUCAGAUGCAAAUAUACACUCCCUUUUAAUUGAAGCUUCUUUCCGACAAACACUGUCGCAUGAUGAAUCUCUUCUUCCAGUUUAGUCAAUUGGGAACUUGUAGUACUUUAGUUCCCCCUUUGAUACAAAAAUAAAAUUAAUGUGUCAAUAGAAGUAAGAUCUAGUUUGCAUAAACUCUUAGACAAUUAAUCUUUUUUCCUUCCAUUUUUUUAACGGAAUAUUAGGUUAUGUAAAUUCAGCUGUCAAGUUUAGCACUGCUGGAAAUAUAUAUACAGGUGAAUAUCCUUUAUUCCUUUUAUUGUGGUGGUUAUUAUAUUGAUGGAAUACAAGCUAUAGUAGAAAUGAA